UCCGCCCAUGGGAGUACACUUCCUGUUUAUACGCCGAUUCACGCCAGAGUUUGUUGUUUACAAGACGGGACAUGUGGAAUAUGUAACCAUGAACAAGUCCAGCACAUCAAAUGGGUGUCAUUUUCUCGGGUUAAACAGAUACAGGCUUAUCCUAGUCUCUUAGCCUUUUCCCGCUUGUAUAGGGGCUAUUUUUGUUCUUUCCCUUUAUAACGUCGUCGAGCAUCUGAGGAAAAAAAAUUCCCGACUGGAAGUCCGACAAACGUUUGCUUAUUGCCGUCCCGCGUUCCAUACCACGAAACGAAAUUAAUACCAGCAGCACCGUACGGUUUCAAGAGGAAGUUUCUCCAAGAGCAACUCGUUUCCCACUCUAGACCAAAAAACAGGGCAUACGGAAAUUUUUGAGGGUUCUUUCUCCUUGUUGAUAUAAUCAUCUGGCUAUAGACACCUGGAGUCCAUUCUAAGUGUAUACCUACCGGAGAUUAUGCCACAUCAGAUGGACAGUACACAAGUUCUCACCUCACAUUCAACGUCGCUAUCGUUUCCUAUGAUGCCCAACGGGAACCCGCGCGGAGUGGUAUCACCAUCGUCUUCGCCAGAAACUGCAAGCUCUUCAUAUACUGGUGUCUCACAGGGGAGUAAUCAGGGGUUCAACGGUGAACGCCAUUCUUACUCUUGUAAGCGCUGUAGAAGGUUGAAGAAGAAGUGUUCCCGAACAAAGCCGGAGUGCCAUAACUGCGCAAAGGCUGGAGAAUCUUGUGAGUACGUUCCAAGGGCACCGAGAAGAAAGAAAUCCGAGAUCCUCAAGAGUUUAGCUGCCAAUGCUGAACACGAAGCUGCCACAGCAGCGGCAGCAGCAGCUAGAGCGCAAAGCCAGGCUCAAGUACAACAACAAACCGCCAUAGGUCUACCUGCACUUGUCACGAACGAUGAAAAACUACAAAGAAAUGGGAUCUACCGAUAUGAUCAAGGGUUUGAUUCCCAACGUCAACAACAACUACAGCAGCAAAAACAACAAUCACAACCGCCUUUGGGACAGAACUUGCCACAGCACUCGGCUCUGCCUUUUAUUGCCAGGGAAUCAACCCUUCCAUUACCACAACCAUUACCUGGUCAAUACGCCGAUAGCCAAUCUCAAAGACUAUUCAAGUUAGGGGCUAAGCCAUCUUUACCGCCAAUAAGAUCUUUAACAGGAUAUCAACCGGCGUUUUUCCAACAAGCGCCGACUCCACAUCCACCACAGCUCUCACAGGUACCACCACCACAACAGCAAAAACAACCACAGCCGCAACCACAGGCGCAACCGCAACAUCAACAAGAAAGUCAACAGUACCAACAGCAAGCGUUCCAGCAGCAUGCUCAGGCUCAAGUGACAUCUCAGGCUCCAUAUCGUUCACCUCCACAAGCAUCACAGCCUCAUGCCAGAUCGGAAAAGUCCAUUUCCCCAAUGACCCCUAAUGAGUUGCACCAAGCAUACCUAUCAAAGGUGAUCAACAUAGCAACUGAUUCACAAGCGCGCGAUUUUUCGCUUUCGCAGAGAUAUGCUAGUGUGAACUUGUCCGCCGAAGUGUUGGAUAAAUCUCUCAAGACAUUCUUUGAAGUGUUUGCAAGGAACUAUCCAUGUUUUGACAAUUCAAAGUUCAAACAACGUCACUCACCGUUGUCGGAGAAGUUUCACAAGGCAAUGUCGGAGGAUGAUUCAGAUGGGUUUGAAUUGAUAAUGGCUAUUUUGUUAGGUUAUACGUCGUUAACCUUGAACGGAGACAUUGCACCAGAUGUGGAGCUGUCUGAUACAAUUCGACUAAAGGUGCAAUCCACAAUUGAAAAUAUCAAACAGUUUGAAACUUUAGACAGUGUCUACAAGAUUUUGUUGUUUGGACUACUUGCUCUAUUGGAUAAGGAUCCUCAAGUUUCUUGGUAUUUAGAUGGUGUUUUAACCCGUCUUGCCCUCAGUUUGGGGUUGGAUAACAGUUUACAAGAGUCAUCUGGUGAAUCAGAAUGGAGAAAUAGAUUGUUUUGGAGUAUUUACACAUAUGAUCGAACAGUGGCCGGUGCAUUGGGAAGACCUUUUGCUCUUGAUGAUGAUAAUGUGGAUGUGGCUUUUCCAGAAGCCCAGAUUAGUGACGAUAAGGAGUCUGUCGAGUUAACCACGGCCUUGGUAAAGCUUAGGGCAAUUGAAGGACGCAUUAUCAAGCACGUUCAUUGUGUGAACGCUUGUAAGGUUUACAAGACAGAGGAGGAGAAAUUGAAUGUUAUAAAGACUUUAAGAAUGGAGAUUGAAAGCUGGUACAACACUACCAGCUUACUGGCUUAUAGUGAUAAAAAGCUCAUUUCCAAUCCUGCUGCCACAGCGUGGUACUACUCAGCUUAUUAUCAUCUUCUGCUUUUGCUCUACAAACCAUCGUUCCUCAUGAGCGACCUGAACAAAGAUACGCUUCAAUUAUUGGGCAAGACUGCUGGACAAUACAUCACCUAUCUGUACAACUUACACGCAGCAUUCCCCUUACCAAUGACGUGGCCAAUGAUAUCAAAGCUGGUUUCGCAUUGCUCCACGAUGGUUUAUUGCAUCUGUUCCUCUGCUGUGGACUUUUCAGAGAUCAAGAUGGAGUUGAAAUUGUGCACGGAAAUAUUGUCGCAUUAUACUACAGCCGCACCAAUAACAACUGAGUUGAUCAAUCUCUUCAACAGAAUCGCAACUGCUAUAUGUGAAUCGCAGACAAAUGUUGAUGAUCCAUUGAAAGAACCGGAGCAGUGCCGCACAUUUUUGAGUGGGAUUGGUAUAGAGUAUUUGGGUAUAGUUAAAAGGUUUAGUUCUGGUGCCAACUAUGACAAACCUCUUCUCAAUGCGAUUGAAUCUAUCGUUAAGAGUUGAGGUUGAGGUCAGAUCUGAACUGGUGAACAACGAACAUGGAAUAUAAAUAUGUAUAUGGGAUUAUUAUUAUGUGAGAAAUAGAGAUUUGUACGGUUUAU